AUGGCGACGAAUUUGGAGGAGUGUAUAUUGAAACUGAAUGACCUUGAAGUUCUUCACGAGGAUGUAGUAAAAGAAGUGUGUCGACAGUUUACGCUUUGUUAUACUCGUGAGCAAAAUGUUGUUCCCAUUACUGGCCCCGUCACGAUUGUCGGGUGUUUAAAUGGACAACUCCACGACCUUCAAAAUAUAUUUAACAUAGCUGGGAAGGUACCUUAUUCGAAUUAUCUGUUUCUUGGUGAUUAUGUUAAUUUUGGGCAAUAUGGGUUAGAGCUCUACGUGAUGCUGAUGUGUUACAAAGUUCUUCAUCCGAAUCGUUUGACUCUUCUUCGAGGGAUGAAUGAGAUCCAAAUGUUUAGUGAAGUUGGCGGCUUUCAUUCUGAGUGUUAUAGGAAGUAUGGGAAUGACCACGUCUACAAGAUGAUAGUCGACACUUUUAACUACUUACCAUUAGCCGCAGAUGUCCAAGGACAAUACUUCUGUACACACGGCGGGGUAUUACCCAAUCUGACUGUAUCUAAUAUUCAAGUCUUCCCAAGAGUUAAAAACAUGAAACAAACGGACAUGUUGACUUACUUUUUAAUCACUCAGUCGAGAGAAGAGAAGUACUUGAAGUACUUCAAAUGGUUCGAACGCACCGACAAAACCACUUUCUCCGAAGCUGACGUCGAAACGUUCUUAAAAAACAAUACAAACGCUCAAGGAAAACAAUAUCAGAAAGUUAUCAAUACAAACUCACUACAACCACUCGGACAAAUAGUCUCAGAUAACCAAAAGAUGAUGACAAUAUGGAGCGCGGCUAAUUUCGUCGGAGAGUUUAAUAACUUGGGUUGCUUCCUCGAGGUCGACGUCGAUGGGUCUAUUAAGGAACACCAAUUUUGCGCUCCACCCGUGUCUGCUAUGCCACCUGACUGGAAGCCACUUAGAGACGAACUUCCAAGAGCCGUACCAGAUUUCUUCUCGUAA